UAAUUUUUACGAUGACAACCGUUGCUAUACCAAACGUCAUAAAAUGCCGAAAAAACGGUUUAUUGACAAGAAAAACUCAGUUACUUUUCAUCUUGUUCAUAGAUCUCAAAAAGAUCCUCUAAUUCAUGACAAUCAAGCGCCUUCAAGAGUCCUUGUUCCAGUAAUUUAUAAUACUAAAAAGAAGGCAUCAAAUGGGCUAAAUAUCAAUGAAAAAAGUCAAGAAGAUAAUUCACCAAAAAAAUACAACGAUAAACCUUUAAAAGAUAAGAAAACAGUGGAAAACUUAAGGGAAAAUAUAGGGGAAUCUAUUUUGUAUGGUAUUUCAUAUAACGAUACCGAAUAUGACUAUAUGCAACAUCUUCGUGAAAUAGGAAAAUCACCUGGUGGAAUUUUAUUUGAGAAAUCUACAGAUAAAAAACCUAGUAUUAUCGAUGAAUUUCCAAAAGAAGUGUUUCCUUCGGAUAUUGAGCAAAAAAGAAGUUAUCAGGAUCAACAAUCUAUUCCUGAUGAUAUAUCUGGUUUUCAACCAGAUAUGGAUAUAAGACUUAGAGAAGUUUUGGAGGCAUUAGAAGAUGAACGCUAUUUAUCAUCAGAUGAGGAGGGUGAUUUAGAUGAAUUGAUAAAAUCAGGGAAAGUAGAUAAUUCAAGUGUUAUUGAAAAUUCGGAUACAGAUUGGGAUUCUGAUGAUACAAACAUCUCUAAAGAAAUUUCCUCUCAGGAUUCAAAUAUAUAUGAUAAUGAUUCUAUUUUUCGAGAAUGUUUAAAAAAUAAGAAAAAAUUUCGAAAACCACUGUCUAAGGCUACAUAUUAUUCUAUAACUAGUUCUAUACUUCCUAGAAGCGAGGCCCUAGUACUUCUGGACGACAGAUUUGAGAAAAUAAAAAAAGAAUAUGAUGAUGAUGUUGAAGUUGAUAACGAUGAUACAAAUGAUAAAGAAUCAAAAGGAGAUCUAGAAAGAAUGGACUUUGAGUCAAUAAUGGAUAAUUUUCUUAAUGAUUAUGAGAUAACAGGGAAAAAAAUUGUUCCAAAAAUAUAUUCAAAAGAAUUCAAUAUAAAGCAUUCUAAACCCAUAACAGAGUUAGAUGAAAUUCGACAACAAUUAAGAACAAAAAUAUAAAUAAAUCUUAAAAACUUUUAAGCUGAAACUGAUAUCGAAAUUAAUG